AUGGGCAACCUAGCCUCUCGAAGCUUCGACCCAUCCACGGAUCUCCUUGACUUGAAAGGAAAAGUCGCAAUUGUCACUGGCGGAAAUACAGGGAUUGGGCUAGCGACUGUCAGACAUCUUGCGCGCGCUGGAGCGAAAGUCUAUCUGGCAGCGAGAAAUGAAUCUCGGGCAACCGGAGCCAUUGCGCAGUUGGAACAUGAGGGCGUAGAAGAGGGUCGAGUGGUUUGGUUGAAGCUGGACCUGAGUGAUCCCAGAGACGCGAAGAAGUCUGCGGAGGAGUUUUUGAAGAGGGAGAACAGGCUGGAUAUUCUCGUCAACAAUGCUGGCUUGCUCCAGGAGCCUUACACAGUUGGGCCAGACGGUGUUACUAGUCUCUCUACUGUGAAUUAUAUCAGCCCCUACGUCUUUACGCGCACCUCGCUGCCUCUCCUUCAACAGACGGCCAAAGAGCCGAACUCGGAUGUCCGAAUAGUAAAUCUUACUUCUAUCGCCCAUAAAUUCGUCCCGUCUUCGGUCAAAUUUGACGACGUUGAAGAUUUCAACACCACGUUUAGCCGGACAAUAUAUCCGAGCAUGAUUCGCUACGGUCACAGCAAGCUAAUGAUCAUCGUCUGGACUAAAACCCUCCAACGACGGCUGAACGCUGACGCGUCCGCGCCAAUAACCGUUACGUCAGUCCAUCCAGGCGGCGUCGACAGCUUUUCGCACAAGCUCCCUUUUGCACGCUUGUUCAAGUUCCUCAUCGGACUGGCCAUCGCCCAGCCUGAUGUCGGCGCGUACAAUUCAGCGUUCGCGGCUGCGGGCAAGCGGAUCGCUGACGACAAGAAGACAUAUCGGGGUGUGUACCUUGAAAGCCAACCUACUGGACGGGUUGCUGCCCCCAACCCGGUAGCGUUGAACGAGGAGCUUGGAGAGCAGCUGUGGAAGACAACAGAGGCUUUCCUCGAGCGGAUAGGUGUUUGA